CAUUCACGAUUGAAACUCCGGGUCAUGAAGUCGUAGGCCCGACCCGAACAACAUGCAGAUGGGACGACUUGCAGAGACUGCGGGAAGGCGAAGAAGAAGAUGAUGAUGAGUAUUGUGCUCUCUUCUGCUUCCUCGGUCGCAGUCGGUGCACGCAUCACCUGUCUCGCGCCUGAAACGGUGAACUGGGAUAGAUGCAGAUUCGUGACUCGGAAAGCUUCUCCGCUCGAAAGAAUCGGUCACAUCUGUAACAAGGCGAAGUUGCUCGCCAGUUGUUGUUCGGAGACGAUGCCUCGUGCUUCUUCUUCGUCGUCGGUCACUUCGGCCGAUUAUGAGCGAGCGAAGGAGGUUUGGAUUUGCACGGAGAACAAGCAAGUGAUGACGGCCGCGGUCGAGAGAGGAUGGAACACGUUCUUGUUCUCGUCUCAGAAUCAGGGUCUCGCUAAUGAGUGGUCAUCACUUGCUUUGAUAAAUCCUCUCUUUGUUGAAGAGGGAGAUAUUUUGGAUGUCGAGAAGAUAAGGGUUGCCGUGGUGAGGAAAGUUUUAUCUCCAGAGGAUGUACAGAAGCUCCACCCCGAGAGCGAGCAGGCUCAGAUUGUUGUUAUAGAUUUUGCAGAUUGGCAGGUAAUACCCGCAGAAAAUAUCGUUGCAACAUUCCAAGGAAGCCAAAAGACUGUAUUUGCCAUCUCAAGAAAUCUGUCUGAAGCACAGAGUUUCCUCGAGGCCUUGGAACAUGGUCUGGGUGGAGUUGUUCUCAAAGUCGAGGAUGUCAAUUCUGUACUUGAUCUAAAAGCCUACUUUGAUAGAAGAGAGGAGGUCAAAAGUUUGUUGAGCUUAGAGAAGGUGGUUAUUACUGGGGUUCAUACAGCAGGAAUGGGCGAUCGAGUGUGUGUUGAUCUGUGUUGUCUCAUGAAACCCGGUGAAGGGCUUCUGGUUGGAUCAUUUGCUAGAGGGCUUUUCCUUGUUCAUUCAGAAUGCAUGGAAUCAAAUUAUAUUUCCAGCAGACCAUUCAGAGUCAAUGCUGGACCUGUGCAUGCCUAUGUUGCUGUUCCAGGGGGUAGAACUUGCUAUCUAUCUGAGCUAAAAGCAGGCAAAGAAGUAAUUGUCGUUGACCAGAGAGGACGUCAAAGAACAGCAGUUGUUGGGCGCGUGAAGAUAGAGUCUAGACCCCUAAUUCUCGUGGAGGCAAAGAUCGACCUAGACAGUGAAAUUCAUUAUGCCAUUUUACUACAAAAUACAGAAACAGUUGCCUUAGUCAGUCCUCAUCCAGGAGAUGGGCUCAAAAGCCCAGCAGCAAUUCCUGUGACUUCUCUGAAGGUUGGAGAUGAAGUGGUAUUGAGGACACAGGGAGGUGCCCGGCAUACGGGGAUUGAAAUCCAAGAGUUUAUCAUGGAGAGAUGAACGGAGUGUGUAUUAUGAGAGAAAUUGGUCUGCAAUUUCUCACGGGACUGGCUAUAACUGGGAUUAGCUGCUGGGCCUUGGUAAAAAAUUUAUUUUGUAUUGUGCUGUGAGAGUGAAGCUAAAAGGAGUUUGUGCAUUCACGGAUAAAGUCAGCACUGUUCGUCAUUACUAAAAGUCAUUCACCCAUUCGCGACCGACAGCAGAUUGAAGCUGGAGUAGCCACAGUCUGUCCCCGGUAAAUAGCUGAGUAGAUGUAUAUUGUCUCCGCCUUUGAUGGUAGACAUUGUAACUCCUGCAUUAGAAUUUAGAAAUGCUUGAAAUCCAGCUCUUUCCGGCGUGGAAAGCCUCGCUGGUGAUGCUACUCUAA